AUGAAACUGCAGGUGAAUUCAGUGGUGAACGAAUGUGUGAAUGCCAUUGACUGCCCAGAUAACUCGAUCUCUGUUCCUUCCUGCAAGAACAUGAAAAACCACUCCACCUCGCUAAAAUAUGUGGGCUCCAGAUAUGAUUCCACCUCACAAGAAUAUGUAAACAGUGUCUUUUUUACUUUAGAUGGGUGCAACGACAACGGUCGAUUUUAUAGGAUGAACGAUCAGUGGGAGCGCCAGUACAUGGACAGCACUUUGAUCUGCACUUGUCAGGGGGCUUCAGGAGUCAAGUGUAAAUCCAAACCAGCAGCCGAGGAGACGUGCUAUGACAAAUUCAAUGCACGCUCUUACCGAGUCGGAGAGACCUACGAGCGACCGAAGGAUGGCAUGAUAUGGGACUGUACCUGCAUUGGGUCCGGCAAGGGCAAAAUUAGCUGCACUAUCGCAAAUCGGUGUCAUGAAGGAGGAAAUUCAUACAGAAUCGGGGACACUUGGACACGACCACACGACACUGGAGACUACAUGCUUGAAUGCGUGUGCCUUGGCAAUGGAAAGGGAGAGUGGACUUGUAAACCAGUUGCGGAGCGUUGCUAUGAUGACACACUAGGAUCUUCAUAUGUGGUUGGUCAGACAUGGCAAAAACCCUAUCAAGGCUGGAUGAUAGUAGACUGCACCUGUUUGGGGGAGGGCAACGGACGCAUCACCUGCACCUCCAGAAACCGCUGUAAUGACCAAGAUACCAGAACCUCAUACCGUAUUGGUGAGACCUGGACCAAAACUGACUCCAAUGGAAACACUCUGCAGUGUCUUUGCACAGGCAAUGGUCGUGGAGAAUGGAAGUGUGAUAGACAUGCUGCUUCCCAUGCAACAACCGCCAUUGGAUCUGGCUCUUCCGUGGCUCAUAGAGUUUCACAAGUGAUGAACCAAGUCAAUGUCCUGUCUGAACUUCUUGAGGAGGGCAACUGUAAAACUGAUUCUGGUGUGUACUAUUCCAAUGGCAUGAGCUGGAUCAGAACUCAGGGCAGCAAGGAGAUGCUGUGCACUUGUGUUGGAGGAGGAAUCAGCUGCGAGGAGCAAGACGGACAGUCCUUUGUUUAUGGUGGAAACUCCGAUGGGCAGCCAUGUGUGUUCCCCUUUGUUUUUAGUGAGAACACCCACUACUCCUGCAUCUCUGAGGGCCGAACCGAUGGGCAGUUAUGGUGCAGUACCUCAUCUAACUAUGACAGUGAUGGCAUGUACUCAUUCUGUACCCGGAAGAACCAGCUUGUGACGACUCGUGGAGGAAACUCUAAUGGUGCUCUGUGCCAGUUUCCCUUCAAGUAUAAUGGACGCAACUACACCGACUGCACAUCUGACGGCCGUCGGGACAGCAUGAAGUGGUGUGGUACCACUACUGACUAUGAUACAGAUCGGAAAUACGGGUUCUGUCCCAUGGCUGCUCAUGAGGAAGUCUGCACCAUUAAUGAUGUCAUGUACCGUGUGGGUGACGAGUGGGACAAGCCCCAUGACACACUUGGUCACAUGAUGCGCUGCACGUGCCAGGGCAAUGGACGCGGAGAAUGGAACUGCAUUUCUUACACUCAGCUCAAAGACCAGUGCAUUGUAAAUGGACAGACAUAUGAUGUGAAUGAAACCUUCGAUAAGCGUCAUGACCAGGGCUACAUGAUGAACUGCACAUGCUUUGGCCAAGGUCGUGGUCGUUGGAGAUGUGAUGCCAUUGACCAGUGCCAGGAACCCGAGUCCAAGGCGUUCUACCAGAUUGGCGAGACAUGGAACAAAGUCAUCCAAGGUGUCCCAUAUAGAUGUUCCUGCUAUGGUAAUGGCAUUGGAGAACUGGCCUGUGAGCCUCUGCAGUCUACUGCUCCUGUUCGGGUCAUCAUCACAGAAGCUGGAAAUCAACAGAAUUCCCAUCCCAUCCAAUGGAACCCUCCCCCAUCUGCCCACAUUACGCAAUAUAUCCUGAAGUGGAGAGUCAAAAACACACGUACACCCUGGAAGGAGGUGACCAUUCCUGGGCACAUCAACUCUUACACCAUUUCAGGGCUUAAACCAGGUUUGACCUAUGAGGGUCAGCUGAUCAGUAUUCUACGCUAUGGACCAAGAGAGGUCACUCGCUUUGACUUCACCACUAUAUAUGGCUCUUUGGACAAAACAGAGGGUGAGACCACCCAGCCCCUGCCAGUAGUGGACACUUCAGAGUCCAUUACCGAAAUCACCUCCAGCAGCUUCGUCAUCUCCUGGGUAUCUGCAUCUGACACAGUGUCUGGAUUUAGAGUGGAAUAUGAACUCUCUGAGGAAGGAGCCCAACCACGUGUGAUUGACCUCCCAAGAACAUCUACAUCAGUAAACAUCCAAGAUCUUCUGCCUGGCCGUAGGUACAAUGUCCAAGUAUUUGAAGUCAAUCCAGAAGGAAAUACAAAUCUCAUCCUGACAACCACUCAGACCACUGCACCUGAUGCUCCAACUAAUCAUGAGGUCUCAGAUGUACAGGAGAAGUCCAUCACGAUCAGAUGGUCUAAACCCCAAGCACCUAUAACUGGCUAUCGUGUGGUGUACACUCCCUCGGUUGAGGGCAGCAGCACUGAGCUCAUCCUCCCCGAGACUCAAACAUUUGUGACACUGGGUGACCUUCGACCUGGCCUGUCAUACAAUGUCAGUAUUUACUCAGUGGAAGACAACUUGGAGAGUGAACCUUUGGUCCUACAGGUCAGCACUACUGGAGAGCAACAGCCUGAGGAGGUCCAAGCUCCCACAGACCUGCAAUUUAAUGAAGUUACCGAUGUCAAGAUCACCAUCACCUGGACUGGUCCUCCUAAUGAGGUCUCAGGAUACCGUGUGUCUUUUGCGCCCGUAAGCACAGAUGGCCGGACACAGAGACCCCUUCAGCUUCCUGUGACGCAGAAUGCUUAUGCUGAACUCACACACCUGCAGCCUGGCACACUCUACCGCUUCCAUAUUUAUGCAGUCAACAGAGGAGUGGAAAGUGAACCUUUGGUUGGGGAGAAAUCUACAAAGCCUGAUGCCCCUACCGACCUGCAGUUCUCUGAUAUCACUGAUGACAGCUCUCUGGUCAUCUGGUCUGUCCCCAGAGCUCAGGUCACAGGUUAUCGUCUCUUCAUCAGCAUGGCCAGCUCCAGCCCCAAACAGCUGAGGAUCCCUGGCCAUGAGUCUCAGUACAAACUCAGCGACCUUCAGCCUGACACAGAGUACAUAGUCACCUUGCACUCAGAGCAAGGGAACACGCUCAGCGAGGGAGUCACUGAUGCCUUCAGAACAUCUCAGCCAACUGGUAAUGCUCCUCGAUUCACCACAGAUGUCACAGAUACAUCUAUCAUUGUUACCUGGACCCCAGUACCACGAUUCAGCUACAGGAUGUCCGUGAGGCCCAGCCAAGGUGGUGAAGCUCCCAGAGACAAGACCUCUGGCGAAGGCACUAUUUACAUUUCUGGUCUAACUCCAGGAAUGGAGUAUAUCUACAGCUUGCAACCCUUGUUCAGUGGCAGAAAGCAUGGCAACCCAAUCACAAACAAAGUUGUGACAUCCCUAUCCCCACCAACUGACCUGAAUGUGGUGUCUAACCCUGUCACUGGUGAACUCAAUGUCAGAUGGAGCAGAACCAAAAGUCCAGAUAUCACUGGUUACAGAGUAACGUGCACACCAGUCAAUGGGCAGCGUGGAAAUACUCUAGAGGAGACUGUUCGAGGGCAUGAAACCUCAUGUACCCUUGAAAACCUGAGUCCUGGCGUUGAAUACAAUGUCAGUGUCUAUACUGUUAAAAACCACCUGGAGAGUGAGCCUGUCUCAGCCACCAUUACGCAAGAUGUGCCCAAGGUGGGUGAUCUCAGCUUUGUUGAUUUCACGGAUACCACAAUCGGAAUUAGAUGGACCCCGCUAAAUUACCCGGCAGUUACUGGAUACCAUAUUACGGUUGUUACGGCAGACCAGAGUUUUCCUAUUUUUGAGGACGUGGUGAACUCCUCCAUCAGCUAUUAUACCAUUCGUGGACUGGAGCCAGGCAUCAAUUAUGACAUCAGUGUGUCCACCAUUACAGAUGAGGCAGAGAGUGUGCCCUCGGUGAUCACACAGCAAACCCAAACUGCUAUUCCAGCCCCCACAAACCUGAACUUUGCUGAGGUGGGCUCAGACUCCAUGCGUGUGUCAUGGACUGCACCUUCUGUUCAGCCAUCUGAAAUUAGCCGCUUUGUCAUCCACUACCAUCCCACAAAAAAUGACGAUGACUCUCAGGAAGUCAAUGUAGGAGGUGGCACCAACAGCUUCCUCCUUCAGAACUUGCUGGCAAACACAGAGUAUCUGGUGAAAUUAGUGUGUGUGUAUGACGACAGAGAAAGUGAACCUGUAACUGGUGUUCAGAAGACAAAUUUGGACUCCCCAACAAAUCUGGACUUCUCUGAUGUCUCCACCAACUCAUUUACCGUGCACUGGAUGGCCCCACGUGCCAUCAUUACAGAUUAUCGCCUACGCUAUCAGCCAACAAGUGGUGGGCGCGCUAAGAACGAGAGACUUCCCCCGACAAGAAAUUAUUUAACACUGGUGGACCUGGCCCCUGAGACGGAGUACACGGUCUAUAUUUAUGCUGUCAGCGGCAGUAAAGAGUCUCUACCACUUACUGGAACACAAGCAACCGUCUCUGAUGCUCCCACUGACCUGGCUGUGACGUCCUCCACUCCCACUAGCAUCACAAUCUCCUGGGACGCCCCUGCAGUCACUGUACGCUACUAUAAGAUCACACAUGGUGAAACAGGUGAAAGAGAUGCACCCAGAGAUUUCACUGUUCCAGGAACACAGUCCACUGCCAUCAUCCAUGGCCUGCGUCCAGACACCGAUUACACCAUCACACUGUAUGCUGUGACAGGCAGAGGGGACAGUCCAGCCUCCAGCACACCAGUCAUCAUCACACACAGGACUGCAGGGGGAAGUGUUCCAUCCCCUUCAGAUUUAGAUGUUACUGAUAUUCAAGACAACGCCUUGACUGUCCGCUGGAGCCCAGCUAGAGGCCCCAUCACAGGCUACAGAGUAACAGGGACACCCAAGGGUGGGCAAGGUCCUACAUUCUCUGAGCUGGUUGGCCCUGAGCGUACAGAAAUGACCGUACGUGGCUUGGUGCCCACAGUAGAGUAUACAAUUAAUGUGAUUGCUCUCAGCCAAGAAGGAGAGAGCACCCCAGUGGUCCAGAAAGCUACAACAGCAAGUUUGCAGCAUCCAAGAGAUCUUACCUUCUCUGAUGUGGACUCCACCUCCAUGCUUGUGACAUGGGAUGUUACACGGGUUGCAGGAGUGACCUCCUACAGGGUUCUGUACUCUAGUCCAGAGGAGGGAGAAAGAGAGUACCAACCAGCCCUAAGUGGUCGUGAUAACAGUGUGGUUCUCCAAGGUCUACGUCCAGGCACCAUGUACAAUAUUAAAGUCAUUCCCAUGAAAGGACGUUACCCAGUCCGUACUCUUGAGGGCACUCAGCAAACUACCCAUGAGGAGACUCAGCCCACUGCUGUUCCUGCUCCCACCAAUAUAGAGUUCUUCGACAUUAGUCCAUCUUCUUUUGUUGUGGCAUGGCAGGCACCCAAUCCCAGACUUUCUGGCUAUCGUGUGGUGGCAUUACCGAAGAAUCUGUAUGUCCUAGCCAAAGAAAUGAAUGUUUCACCAGACUCCACACAAGUCUUAGUGCCUGGGCUCAUGGUGGCCACUGCUUAUGAGGUUCAUGUCUACGCACUGAGAGGUUCAGACAGCAGUUCACCUCUCACUGGAGAAUGCACCACCGCUGACAAUAUAACCCCUCCUCGCAGAGUCCGUAUCACUGACGUGAAAGACACUUCAUUCACUCUCACAUGGCGUGUUGUCAAUAAUGAGCCAAUGACAGGUUUCCUUAUUGAAGCCACACCCAAAAAUGGAGGUCACCCCACCUUCAGGCAAACUAUUCCUGCUGACCGUCGUACCUAUGUUGUCACUGGUUUGCAGCCAGGCAUCAUGUAUGUGGUCAACAUGUACACACUGAAUGGAAAUAGUCGAAGCCCUCCUUUCACAAUGACUGUAAACACAGCUCGACCAGCUGUUCAGUCUCCAACUAACCUCCAGUUCACUUCGCUGACCCCCAAUUCCAUCUCCUUCACUUGGCAAGCCCCUCCAACACACAUUACAGGAUAUUACAUUACUUAUGAAGAAUCAGGUGGUUCGCCUCGUGAGCUUAUACCACGCCCUAAUGCUGGCCAGAACUAUGCCACCAUCACUGGUCUGCAACCAGGCACCGAAUACAUCUUAAAGAUCAUAGCCCUACUAAAUAACCAGAGAAGCGCACCACUGGUUGGCACAGCCACAACUCAAGACAAGACUGGAAGACCACAAGAGGCCCAAACCCAAACCACCAUCUCAUGGCAGCCCUACCAGCAGAGUUCUGGUUACCUGGUGUCCUGUCAGCCCAUUACCCAUCCAGAUGAGAAGAUGUUUCAGAUGCAUGUCCCAGGAUCAUCCACAAGUGCAACCCUGAUUGGUCUCACCUCUGGUGCCUCUUAUAAUGUCAUUGUGGAGGCCUUGAAGGGAGCCCUCAAACACAAAAUUUUGGAGGAAAUGAUCACCGCUGGAAACACAGUUCCAGGAGAUGUUUCAUCUAGCAAGGACUCAUGUUAUGACACCUUCACAGCAACUUACCAUGAUGUCGGACAGGAAUGGGAGCGUAUGUCUGACACUGGCUUCAAACUCUGGUGCAAAUGUCUUGGCUUGGGAAGUGGACAUUUCAGAUGUGACUCUUCCAAAUGGUGUCACGACAAUGGAAAUAACUACCGCAUUGGUGAAAAGUGGGAGCGACGGGUAGAAAAUGGUCACUUGAUAAGCUGCACUUGCCUGGGCAAUGGCAAAGGAGAGUUCAAGUGUGAACCACAUGAGUCCAUAUGUUACGAUGACGGAAAGAUGUACCAGGUCGGAAACCAGUGGCAGAAAGAAUACUUGGGGGCCAUUUGCAAAUGCACAUGCUAUGGAGGACAGCAGGGUUGGCGCUGUGAGAAUUGCAGAAGGCCUGGUGCCGAGAUAGGCUCUGACCUGCUGAAGCCCGUCGCUUAAACAUCGGCCACAGGGUGAACAUUCAAUGCCCCAUCGAAUGUCUCCGACCUGAGCUUCUUGUAGAUGCUGUGGCCAAUGCCAAAACCCAAGAG